AUGGGAGGAAAAAAGAAAAACCAAGCAAAGAAUGAACCAGAUGCCUCACAAAGCAUCCCUUCAAACGACUCACAGUCAACUGAGCAGACUCAGGACUCAAACCAACUUGGUAGCGAGGAGGAAAAGAAACAACAACAAGAAGAAACUACCACUACUAAAGUCCAAGCAGACCAAAGUGCACAAUUAAACAACGUUCAAAACCACCCAGGUUCUUAAUCAAAUCAAAACCACCAAGCCACUACUCAAAUUCACACCCAAUCUCAAAAAGCUCCUGAAUAAGAAGAAUCUAAAUAGUUCUCGCACUCAACUGUAGACAAGUCGAAAAUUAAGAGAAAGGAUUCAAAGUUCGACCUGCAAAGGGAAGGUCAAGAUAAAUAAUUAUACAGACCUGAGUUCAAGUAUGAUGAAGCCAAGGUUGGUACAGAAAAGCUUUGGGAAUUGAUGAAUUCAUAUAUCGGAUCAGAUAAGAGAUCAAUCCAAAGAUCAAUUGUUAAUCACGUUGAAUAUACACUUGCUAGAAGCAGAUUCAGCUUUGACGAUUUUGGUGCUUACUAAGCCUCAGCUUUCUCUAUCAGAGACAGACUCAUUGAAUCAUGGAACGAUACAAAUGAGUAUUUUACAACUAAUGAUUCAAAGAGAGUCUAUUAUCUGUCACUCGAAUUCUUGCUCGGCAGACUCAUGCAAAACGCUCUAGUCAACAUAGAUGUGGAAGAGCCAUACAAAGAUGCACUGAUGGAUAUUGGUUACAAACUCGAGAAUCUUUAUGAAGAGGAAGUGGAUCCAGCUCUAGGUAAUGGAGGUCUCGGAAGACUUGCCGCUUGUUUCUUAGACUCUAUGGCCACUCUUGAGAUUCCAAACUGGGGAUAUGGUAUUAGAUACGAUUAUGGUAUAUUCAAGCAAGGCAUUGUCGAUGGAUAUUAAGUUGAAUCACCAGACUAUUGGUUAAGUCACGGAAACCCUUGGGAAAUUGAGAGACAAGAUGUGACAUAUCACGUUAGAUUUUAUGGACAUGUUAAAAAGUAUAAUGAUGGUGGAGUUGAAAGAGGAGUUUGGGAAGGCGGAGAUGUCGUAGUUGCCUAAGCUUAUGAUACUCCAAUUCCAGGAUUUAACACCUUUAACUGCAAUAACUUAAGACUUUGGAGGUCUAGGCCAUGUAACGAAUUCGACUUCAAGCAAUUUAAUGCUGGAGAUUAUCAUGGAGCUAUCGGUGAAAGACAAAAGGCUGAAUAUAUCACCAGUGUACUCUAUCCAAACGAUUCAUCAGAGGGAGGUAAAGAGCUUAGACUUAAGCAGCAAUAUUUCUUCUGCUCAGCUACUAUUAGAGACAUCAUUAGAAGAUAUAAGAAGACUCACUCUACUUGGAACUUUUUCCAUGAGAAGAAUCAAAUAUAACUGAAUGAUACUCAUCCAGCAAUCGCUUCUAUUGAACUUCUCAGAAUUCUGAUUGAUGAGGAGAAACUCCCUUGGGAUCAAGCAUGGGGUAUCAUGUACAAAACCUUCGCUUACACCAACCAUACAGUGCUUCCAGAAGCUCUUGAGAAAUGGUCAACCAAAUUGAUUGGAAAUCUUCUUCCUCGUCACCUUGACUUAAUCUAUCUGAUUAACUUCUUCUUCCUUGAGAAAGUUAAGCAAAGGUACCCAGGAGAUAACAGCAGAGUCUCAAGAAUGAGUCUUAUCGAAGAGGGUGAUGAUAAGAAAGUAAGAAUGGCUUUCUUGUCAAUUGUUUGCUCUCACACUGUCAACGGUGUGGCUGCUCUUCACUCCGAACUCCUAAAAAAGACAAUUUUCAAGGACUUCGAUGAAAUGUUCCCAGGCAAACUACAAAACAAAACAAAUGGUGUCACUCCCAGAAGAUGGAUUCACUGCUGCAACCCAGGUCUAUCAAAACUCAUCAGUGAUACAAUCAUGGAAGAGCAUACUACAUGGCUCACCAACUUGACUAGUUUAAGAGAGCUUUCUGCUUAUUCUCAGGACGAAGAUUUCAUCAAGAGAUUUGUCUAAGUUAAAUCAGACAAUAAACUUAGACUACAAAAAUGGGUUAAGGAGCAUACUGGUAUUGACAUUCCUACCAAUGCUCUAUAUGAUGUUAUGGUUAAACGUAUUCACGAGUAUAAGCGUCAAUUUAUGAAUAUCCUUUAUGUCAUCCACAGAUAUUUAUAAAUAAAGGAGACACCUUAGCAUGAGAGAGCUAGCAAAUUUGUGCCAAGAGUUGUAAUGAUUGGAGGUAAAGCAGCACCAGGAUAUGCAAACGCUAAAGCAAUUAUUAAGCUUAUCAACAGCGUAGCUUAAAAGAUUAAUAACGAUAGAGAUGUCGGUGAACUCCUUAAGGUUGUGUUUUUGCCAAACUAUUGCGUUAGUGCUGCUUAAAUCAUUAUUCCAGCUGCUGAGCUAUCUCAACACAUCUCAACUGCAGGUACUGAAGCCUCAGGCACAUCUAACAUGAAAUUCAUUAUGAACGGAUCAAUCAUUAUUGGUACAAUGGACGGAGCAAAUGUUGAAAUUGCUGAAGAAAUCGGAGCAGAGAAUAUGUUCAUUUUUGGAGCACUCGUACCAGAGGUAGACACCUUCAGAAAACAACUUCAUGAUGGAAGAAGAGAUUACAUUGGAUCAAGACUAAGAAAAGUUUUCGAUGCAAUCAGAAGUGGCACUUUUGGUGAUGUAAGCACUAUUCAUGGCAUGCUAUACAGUAUUGAAAACGGCGGUGACUACUAUUGUGUUUGCCUUGAUUACUACCCAUAUCUUACAGCUCAAGAGAAGGUUGACGAAACUUAUAGAGACUACCCUAAAUGGUGCAAAAUGUCCAUUGAGGGUAUUGCUAAGUCAGGCAAGUUUUCUUCAGACAGAACAAUCUAGGAGUACUGCAUGGACAUCUGGAAGGUUUCAGCUGUUUCUAUUCCAAAGCCAACCACAAACCCACAAGCAAGAGUUAGAUCAUACGCAAAUCUCACCGAGAUGUAAUGA